AUGACCGGCUCUAACGAGUUCAAGCUGAACCAGCCGCCCGAGGACGGCAUCUCGUCGGUGAAGUUCAGCCCCAACACGUCGCAGUUCCUGCUGGUGUCGUCCUGGGACACGUCGGUGCGGCUCUACGACGUGCCGGCCAACUCGCUGCGGCUCAAGUACCAGCACUCGGGCGCCGUCCUGGACUGCGCCUUCUACGACCCAACACACGCCUGGAGCGGGGGAUUAGAUAAUCAGUUGAAAAUGCAUGACCUGAACACUGAUCAAGAAAACCUCGUCGGGACUCAUGAUGCCCCUAUCAGAUGUGUUGAAUACUGCCCAGAAGUCAACGUGAUGGUUACUGGGAGCUGGGAUCAGACCGUGAAGUUGUGGGACCCCAGGACUCCUUGCAAUGCUGGCACCUUCUCUCAGCCUGAAAAGGUGUACACCCUCUCGGUCUCUGGAGACAGGCUGAUCGUGGGCACGGCGGGCCGCAGGGUGCUGGUGUGGGACCUGCGCAACAUGGGCUACGUGCAGCAGCGCCGCGAGUCCAGCCUCAAGUACCAGACACGCUGCAUCCGGGCCUUUCCCAACAAGCAGGGCUAUGUGUUGAGCUCUAUCGAAGGCCGCGUGGCGGUGGAGUACUUGGACCCAAGCCCUGAGGUGCAGAAGAAGAAGUAUGCCUUCAAGUGUCACCGGCUGAAAGAGAACAACAUUGAGCACAUCUACCCGGUCAAUGCCAUUUCCUUCCACAACAUCCACAACACGUUUGCCACAGGUGGUUCUGAUGGAUUUGUAAAUAUUUGGGAUCCGUUUAACAAAAAGCGACUGUGCCAGUUCCAUCGGUACCCCACCAGCAUCGCGUCCCUGGCCUUCAGCAACGAUGGCACGACGCUGGCAAUUGCAUCAUCAUAUAUGUAUGAAAUGGACGACACGGAGCAUCCCGAAGACGGUAUCUUCAUUCGCCAAGUGACAGAUGCAGAAACAAAACCCAAAGGUUGUCUCUGUGAUGUUUACACAGAGUGAAUGGCCUCAGGUGAUUGCAGACAGAGUGAGGUGGCCCUGCCUGGGACAGCACAGUCCCUUCGUGCUGACAUGUCGUCCAUCUCCUUGGCCCUUGGUUGACAGAGGAGCCAUUCACCGUGGGGUGCCAACAGGGCAGCGCUUUCCUUAAUGACCGGCACAGGCUCAGGGCAGCUGAUGCCGAGGCCUUUGUAACCUGUGAACCACCUCCUGGGUCCCGUCCUGUCCCGUGUCCCUUGGCACCAGGCCCUGCAGGAAGUCCUUGGGCAUGUGCUCAGGCUCCCUCUCUUCCCGAAUGGAGAUGGUCUAGCACAGGGGUGGGCAAACUGUUUGACUCGAGGGCCACAAUGGGUUCUUAAACUGGACCGGAGGCCGGAACAAAAGC